CCCAUUCCCGACUUCGAGUAACACCGAUGCCCACAUUGUCUUAUAUUUUCCCCCUUUUCUAUCCCCGACUCUGACUUUUCGAGUCUUUCUUUAACUCCGGUCAUUCGAGUCAUCUAACACCAAGGCCUAUCCUGUUUCCCAUAUCUUCCUUCUGUCCCUGGUCCUGACUCUGAUUCUUCUAUCCUGAAACUGAGUCCUACCCUAUCCCAUGUACUAGUCCCCCUCUUACACUCUCCGACUCUGAUCGCUUGACCCUUUCCGAUUUCCAACCAUCACCACCCCCAUUCCAGACCCUCGCAUCAAGAGCUUUUGGUACAAUGGAGGAGGUUUACACGUCCGCUGACCCCUCUAUUGAGCCCACCAAUAAUGGCGACGAAUGGCAGGUCUCCGAUUUGGAGGCCAGCCCGUCUGAGGCCAUUGAUACCCACGAAGACACCGACAGUAUCAUCGACCCCUCGAACAGUUAUAAUCAGAGGAAAGCAGAUCUCCAGCUACUUUCCGAGCUCGAGCUUUUCCCCGACGGCUACAACUUCGACGGAUCGGAGUUCGAGAACGUCCAAGACGUCUUGCAGUUCGCACCGGGUCAAUUCGAGGCUGCUCCAGAGCUCUUUGUCCCUACCUUGAUCCCGCUGCUUGGUGAGAAAACCGACACGGCGAAGGACUUCCGCGGGACUCAAUGGAGAAACGCACAAUUUUGUCUGUUUAGGAAAAAUCAACCCAGAGAUUUCCUACCAGUUUCCUGGUCCGUUAGGGAAGAUGGCGUUAACUUGCGGGCCCGAAUUCAGGGUGGCACUGCCGCAAGGACGCUAGUUCUUGAGUUCACUGUGUUUCGUGACCAUAAACCCGUCCACCAAGCCUAUCUCGAGUUUGAUGUCGCUCUGGAUAUACAGUCGUAUAAUCCUCAUGACAACAUCAAGAAGAACGUUAGACGUGGCGGCAACAGGAAUCAGAGGCGGGGGGAUGAAGAAGACCAGGUGAACCCUAACAGCUAUGCUGUAUUACGAUUCCGCACUGCGGGAGGUGUCGGCCGUGGUCUUGACUAUGAUGUCGCCGACCUCACGGCCGAUGAUCAAAAGGUUUUCUCGUACGGAAGGCUGCUUUCCCGGAACUUUCGUCCGACCUUGCCUGGGCAAUCCGAGGAUCUUCGGACAGUCGUUAUCCGUAUAAACGCCAAUCAUGUGCUCUACGGUAACGAGACCAGUCAGGGCCGCCGAGCCAAUGCAAACAACGACCGCUUCUACAGACUGGUCUUCCAGUUGGAUAAAGACGCCAGGCCUAUUCUGUGGCCAUACUGCACCGAGCAAGGCAACCCGCAGUUGCAAUAGGGUCAGCUCGUCGAUCGAGAUGUCGUUGCAGCGCGUAGUGGAGGACUAGUCGCGUUUCCAGCGAAGAUCUCUUUUUCUUCCAUUGUGCAUGGACAGAUUACCUUCGUGUAUGGAUCGUAUCUAGAGUGGAAACGCGAGGACGAGAUAGCAAGAGCAAUUUCGUCUGCUAGACAUCACAUCGCCU